UAGUACCAGGUCUACUGAUUACAGUACGAAUUCUUAUCCUAAGCUGCCUAGGCCAGUGCUAAUUUCCUAUUCCGACAUGUAUUGGCACUGUACAAGAGAAAGUUUUCCCUAUAAAUAUCCCCACAUGCAUGAUGCAUGGGGCAGUUCUAAGUCAUAGCCGUAGCCAAAAUUUCCUUGAAGCUUAUUGUUUCUCUCUCGGAAUGGAUACCUCACUUCGUUCUCAAGUUCUCGUCCUUGGCUCCCUCUUUCUUGUUCUUCUUUCACCUUCAUGCUUUGCUGGUAUUCUUAAGACUUGCCAGUUUGAUGCCAUAUAUCAGCUGGGGGAUUCCAUAUCGGACACUGGAAACUUGAUCCGAGAGGACCCUUUAUCUCCGUUCGCUAGGCUUCCCUACGGUCAAACCUUCUUCAAGAAUGCGACGGGGAGAUGCUCCAAUGGCUUACUCAUGAUCGAUUAUAUAGCUCUGUCUGCUGGAAUCCCCUUUCUUGAACCCUACUUAAACAGUGAUGCACUAUUCACUCGGGGCCGUGGCGUGAACUUCGCGGUUGCUGGCUCCACUGCUUUGCCUGUGGAAACUCUAGCUGAGAAUAAUGUUCUUGCCCCAGUUACCAACAGUUCUCUUAGUAGGCAGCUUGAUUGGAUGUUUUCCUAUUUUAAUGGCAUAUGCCGCGAUGAAGAAGAUUGUGUCAAGAAACUUAAAACAGCUCUUUUCAUGGUUGGAGAGAUUGGCGGAAAUGACUAUAACUAUGCAUUGUUUCAAGGCAAAACCUUUGAUGAAGUUAGAUCCAUGAUACCUAAGGUUAUCCAAGCCAUAAAAGAUGCAGUAGCAAGAGUUGUUGGCUAUGGUGCUACUCGAGUGAUUGUCCCUGGAAACUUUCCUAUAGGUUGUUUGCCAAUCUACCUCAGUGGAUUCCAAUCCAGCGAUUCCACUGCUUAUGACAGAUUUCAUUGUCUAAAGGGCUUGAACAACUUGGCAAUCCAUCACAAUAAACUUCUCAAACAUGCCAUCAAAGAGCUGAGGAAAGAUCUCCCUAAUGCCAUCAUAGUUUACGGUGACUACUACAAUGCAUACCAAAAGCUUUUGCGCAAAGUUGAACUACUUGGUUUUGACACCAAAUCGACACAAAAAGCUUGUUGUGGGAUUGGAGGUGAUUACGACUUCAGCCUUACCAGAAUGUGUGGAGCACCUGGCGUGCCAGUGUGUUCAAAUCCUGAUCAAUAUGUGAGCUGGGAUGGAGUUCAUUUGACACAAAAGGCUUACAAGUUCAUGGCAGGAUGGCUCAUUCAUCACAUCUAUCCGCAACUUCAAUGCCGUGCUUGACUUGGUUUUGUUAAUUAGUAUGCGUAGUACAUAUAUAUAUUAAAAAAAUUUUCAAAAUAUCAAGGGAGAUAUAUAAUAGAUGGAUUCUUUAAGUAGAUCUAGAUUUGGAUUUAUUCCAAAUUACCAUAUCUCAUAUAUGUAGUCAUAUUGUUAUAUUUCUUUUCCUUAUUUUCUUUUUCUUUUUUUUUAAAUAUGUACUAUUCAUUAAUUAGUAGUAGUAAUCAUAUAAAUGGUGUUGAUUCAACCAUAAAGUUGAUAAUCAAUUUUCUUUAAUUUUCGGACACUUUAUUCAUCCUUAUAUGAUACCAUGGAGGCCUUUGACUUUGAAGCAAUAAUUUAAAAGCCUUGCUAAUAUCCUGCAAGCUCACUUCAUGUGUU